AUGCUCCUCAUCCACAGGGUCCCCAAGCCCAGGUACUUACCAGACUCCGCUCCACAAGACGUCCUUCUCCGGGCGCACUACUUCCACAUCAAGGAGUUGGCCCUCAGAACGUACCGCAGCAAACCGGACCCGCAUGAUCUCUCUGUGGCUACACUCAGACGAAGACGGGAGUUCCAACAGAUUACAGCAACACUCCGGGAUCAAGGAAUUCGUUACAGAUGGGGCUACCCGACAAAAAUUAUACUCACACGUUAUGGAGAAACAAAGUCCUUCUCCACCCCGGAGGAAGGCCUAAAGAUGCUGCCUCGCCGUUACCCUUUUCCAGACAGACCCGCAGGCCCCAAGUGGUCUAAUCGGACUGUAUGA